AUGUUGGCUGAUAACAAAACCACUCUCUCUCCGGACGAAGUGAAGCCUAAUUUACCAGCAGAUCAUCCUGACAAGGAAGUCACAUCAGUAUCGCAAGAUGCACAAAAGGAAGACCAAAUUACAGGCGUUGCAACUCGAAAUCUUCCUCGUCAUUUCUCGUGUGCCGCAGUUGUUCAACCCAAAUGGAUCCUUUACACAAGUGUAAUGCUCGGGGUGACAAUUUCAAUGCAGUAUGGAUGGUAUACGUCUCAGCUCAACUAUGCCAAAUUUCACAAUGAAACUCAAUGCAAUGCUCGUCCUGUUAAAGAAGGUACUUGCAUUAUGUUUCCUGGACACACUAAAGCCGAAUGGACAGUAGUUGUCAAUGCGUGGGUUGUCGGAGGUAUGGUAGGAGCGCUUCUCGUGGCGAUUCAGGCGGCAGUGUCGAACAUAUGGGCCUUUGCUUUUGGUCGCUUUCUCGCCGGGAUUGCAUCAGGUGCUAGCACUGGUUGUGUUGGUACUUACGUGAAUGAAAUAUCGCCCCCUCAUCUUCGUUCAAAGCUUGGCAUCGGUCUUCAAGGUGGUAUCAAUCUUGGUAUUGUGCUUGUUGAUACGACACACUUUUACUUAGGUUUUCAUGAUGGCUGGCGUAUCAUUGCUGGUUUUCCUAUCGUCUUGGCUGGAAUUUUUCUCAUCUCUUCGUCUUUUAUUAUGGUCGAGUCUCCAGUUUGGCUAAUGCUUCAUGGACAUCGAAUGGAGGCUGAAAAGGUCCUUAUUCAACUCUAUGGUACUGAAAAUAUUCACACUGCGCUGUCGUGGAUCAAACCAAAGAAAGCACCAAGCUCGACAAUAAAACAGGAAUCGGUUGACGUGGAAAUACAGCAGCCAUGUUGGAGUGAAGUUGGUCACGAGACAGUUAUUAAAGGUAAUGGCCUCACAUGGAUCGAGAUGUUUGCAGUUGAAAUGCGUCGUCCUCUUGUUGUGGGAAUUGGACUCGCUUGUAUGCAAAAACUUACCGGAAUCAAUUCAAUCUUUUAUUAUUCAUCAAAUCUCUUUGGUGGUAUUGGCGUAGCAGAUGGACGAAUUUGCAAUAUUAUCGUUGCAAUCGUUAAUUUGAUCCCUACCCUUUGUUCUGGCAUCGUGACAGCCAAGUUUGGUAAUCGUCCUAUGAUCCUCUUCAGUACCGUUGGAAUGUGUCUCAGCUCAAUUGGAAUUACCUUAUCACUACGUUUUGACAUUCCGGAAGCAACUGUUGCUCUUGCUGCUGCUUUCGUCUUUUCAUUCGCAAUUUGUCUUGGUCCCAUUAUGUUUGUUGUUGUUGCUGCUGUAGUUCCUGAUCAUGCUCGUGGCUCUGUUGUAUCAAUUGGUAUCUUUGUUGCAUGGGCUGCUAAUUUAAUUGUUGGUAUUGGCUACCCGUAUCUUGCAACUGCAUUAGAAACGUAUAAAUACGUUCCAUUUGCUGUCAUUUCAGGCAUCUCAACCAUAUUUGUCUACUAUUUGGUGCCGGAAACUUCUAACUUGACGACUGCUGAGAUUCAGGAAGUAUUCAAGAAAAUUCGUGGCAAUGGCCGCUUUUAG